CAUCAUUUUUCAAGUUUUAUCACAGAACCUAAAACGUAGUUUCAGAUCUCUCUCUCUCUCUCUCUCUCAGUGGCGAUGAUGGAGGAGCAGACGGAGAUCGAGACGGCGGCAGAGUCAAUAGACGGCUCCGUUAUCUUCCACGUCAUCAACGACGUCGUUGGCUUCGUCCUUUAUAUGCACCAACAAAUCCCCUCCAUAUUGCAGGAUAUCAGUCUUGAAUUUGAUACACUGCAUACUGAGUUUACAGAAUUGGAGACGGAUCUUACACAAUCUGAUAUAAAGGCGCGGAGAAAGCUAAUUGGCAGAAUGAGGGAGGUCAAGCAUGGAAUAAAAAGACUGGAGAAACUGAUGAACAUGGUUUCAAAUCUUCAAAAUGCGCUUAAAUUGAUGAUGAGUGAGAUUCCUAACGUACAGGGUGUCAUUUUGGUUCUUGGGGCUACUCCUAUUCGACCUCAGCAUGUUUAUGAGUUGUGCUUUUCACAUGGAAAGGUUGUUGGUAGUGGUGAGACUGAUUUCACCAAAAGCAAAGUGGCACAAGGACUUUCAAGAAAGGCUAUUCGGACGCUGAUCUCAAAGGGUGCUGGAUCUGGUUCCUAUCCAGGCCCCAAUAAGUUGUUUCUAUUGGUUAAGGCUCCCUGUUCUUUCAACCUGCCUCUGCAUUUUCUUCCCAAACGUGAUUUUAAAUACAGCAAAAAGAAUUUUCGUUACAGAUUGUGCCUUUCAGACUACGGUUCAAGUGCAGAACCCAAGAUCAGGAAAUGGAUGCUUUGGAUCAUGCUUCUCAAACUGGGAGCUCCACCAGUUUGUCAGAUUCUACUUCCGAUGAUUUAAUCUGGUUUCAAUGUCGGCAUGUGAUCAAGGGCCUGGUAUCCAACACAUCAACAGAAGAAUGAAGAAAUUAGCCAUAUGUCCAUUGUAUAUAAGAGUUUUUCCCUCAUUUAUUUGAUUGUCAUUAAGACAUUAACAGGCAUUUUGUUACAAUUUAAAACCAAAACUGCAAGUACACUUCAGUUA